AUGUGUAGUAAACAAAAAUAUACGAAACGGGACUCACCGUGCGUCGGUGGCGGGCGGCCGGUGCGAAGGUUACGGCGUCCAACUUUGAUUUGGGGGCGGCUGUCUCGGAGGAGGCGGUGGCGCGAGGCGGGGCGUCCCGCGGGGGUUGAGAACACCCUCGAAGACACUUCAUUGGGCGCCGGCUACGGGGCGUUGUCGCCGUGCUGUCAGCUCAUUACUUAUUCCUCGAGAGCCUGGCCGAAAUGCGGCUCCUGG